AUGCUGUGGCACCAGACCAGGUUCUUCACGUUCGCUGAGGUCCAAGGGGAGCCUCUCAACGUUGCAAUCAACGUGCUGGUGCAAGAGGGCCUCGCCGACACGUUCAGUAGAAUCACAUCGAAUUCGGGGAUUUCCACGGUUGAUUGGUUCCGAUCGAUGGUCUUGACAAGCGUGGCUGCUAAACUCACCGCUGCUGACUCCAAGCCCAACCAGGAGCAGGCCAUCAACGAAUUAACGGAUGACGUAUACAAGACGAUUGAAAUCAUCCACCCUGCCUUCAUAGCCCACGUUGGCGAUUGCAAUGACUCCUUGGUCCAUUUCGCGAACAUCCUGGUCGCCAGCCGCGAUUGCGACAGGGUCACCUCCAGCAAGAUCGGCCAGGCCAUCGACUACAUGGAGAAGCAGAAGCACAUGUCGAAGAUCAAGGACGCCUUCCACUUCACCGCCGUCGGGUCGGCUGCCUUGGCAUCAUGCCAACACCAGCUGGCAUUGACUGCCAAGGACGACCUUGGCGACAAGAAGAUCGAUCGGGCCCUCGAGAUCUUGAACGACUUCGCCUCGUUCCCAACGUUGCUUCGCUCCCUGGAGGAGCUCCCAUCCGAACCUACGACGCUCGAGGUGGAGAAUUUCGGUGUCGUCAAGACUGGCGAAGCCUUCUCCGCGAUCGACGAGUCCACCGACCACUUGUUCGAGGCCACGAAGCUAUGGGACAAGAGGCGAUGCGAAGAGCAGGCGCCGAAAGUCGCCGAGUACAUGGACACAGCGAUCUUCGCCCUUUCGGAUAUCGACUGCAUCGUCACGGCGUUCCUCUCAGCCGUUUUUGCCAAGGGUGGCCUUGAUGUUUUGCAGCGAGCGGUCGGUGUUCAAUCGCUGCCAGCAAGUAUCACCCUUCCGGACUACGAGAAGAUGUCCCAGACCGUGCAGAAGCAUUAUUUCAACGACCAUGGCUUGCAAAUCACCUGCGAACGCCUGAUGAAGAUUGUGGGCCAGUUUCCGCACGGUUUGAAGGAAGCCCUCGCGACGAAUGCGAAUACUUACCUCGGCCACCUCACGUCCAUCGUCAAGAACGUCCAGAGCCGCAACAACAUCAAGGAUAUGGUCGAGCGCAUGGGCGCCGUGCAGGCGUUGAGAGAGAGCGGCCCUGCCUUGGAUGAGUGGCUGCUCAAGCAGCUGACAGGGGAUGAGAAAUCCACAUUCUUGCAGUCGGCCUUGGAAGUUGCGAACGCCUCGGACACCAUCGAAAACUUCUCCAUGCACAAGAUCUGCCCCGACGGAUCGCCGACUGCGCUUUGUGUCGUGAAGUUCCCAGAUCAGCCCGACUUCGAGGACAUCUCUGCCAACCUCCAAGUUGCAUUCGGAUUGCCACAGAAGGUCAAGAGCUUACCGCUGGCAUCACAUAUGAGUGCUGUAUUGGGUGGCGCUUUGGGGACCUCAGUUGACAAGUUCAUGGGCGCCGUUCGCAUCAGCGACAUCACCGUGGAAGUAGCCUUCGACUCGACUCCCGACUGGUGGAAAGAUAUCGUUUCCUUCUGCUCGCCCCUGUUCCUCCAGUACGCCUCGGAGACCGUUGGGAAGGCCGUUGCUUCUGAUGAGUACCGCUGGGAAUGCGACGGGGCCAGGAUGGCGUUGCACAACAUCUCCGAGGUGAUUGACGUUCCGAAGAUCAAGUACCAGUACCAGCGCGACGGGGUUUCUUGGGACAACGACCGUCAGAUGGUCGUCCGCCUCGCGGAGAUCUGGUGCGAUGUUCACAAGGUCACUGCUGGCCUCGGGUACCUCUCCCAGCGCUAUCUCAACCGCCGAGGUGGUGCCAACUCCGCUACCGCAGUCUUCGAAGAGAACGGGUUCAAGAAAGAUAUCACUUCCUGCAUCGAAUUCUGCCGCGACUACAUCGCAGGUGGCACUGAGAGGAUGGAGGCUCUGGAGGACCACCACGGCGCGGACAUCGGCUCGGUGCGUCCGCGCUUGUCCAUGUUGCUGAACUAUUUCCACGGGCUCAACUGUGCCAUCGACGCUACUUGCAAGGCUCUCUUUGACCGCCUUUGGGAUUCAACGGUAGCGGAAGGCAAGGAGCUCCAGAAUGUCACCCCGAUGAUUGACGACAUCGUCAACGAUACACGGUUUAACAGAAAUAUGGCUCGGACCCACCUCCACAAUCACCAGAGCAAGGAAGCCCUCGGCGAGAAGUCAGUCAAGGUGUACCGCAUGCUCAGCGCCGUUGGCUACUGGCACAGGACGUGGGGGAUCCAGCCUCCGAUGCAGGAUGACGUAACCACGAAAGAGAGCAUCGAUAUGAUCAACACGAUCUAUAUGAAAGCCCGUAAGGCAUUGACUGUCAUCGCAGCUUUGAAUGUGAUAUUUUCCCUCAAGGGUAAAGUAAAAUGUGAGCAGGCUUCUUUUCUGUUGGACUCCAAGCGCCCAGAUAUUCCAGAAUCGAUGGUUGCCGAUCUCCAGAAGGCGAGGUCGACGUGA